GAGAGCAGCGAGCCGCGGCCGAGCGCGCCAGGUCUCGUCGCGCGCGAUGCUCCUCUGGACGGCGCUCGGCCUGGCCCUGAGCCUACGGCUGGCGCUGGCGCGGAGCGGCGUGGAGCGCGGUCCCUCAGCAUCAGCCCCCCAGGGGGACCUGCUGUUUCUUCUGGAUAGCUCGGCUAGUGUGUCUCACUACGAGUUCUCCCGGGUUCGGGAAUUUGUGGGGCAGCUGGUGGCUCCAAUGCCCCUGGGCCCUGGGGCCCUUCGUGCAAGCCUGGUGCAUGUGAGCAGCCAGCCAUACACUGAGUUCCCCUUCGGCCACCACAGCUCAGGCAAGGCUGUCCAGGAUUCGAUACGCAUUGCAGCCCAGCGAAUGGGUGACACCAACACUGGCCUGGCACUGGCAUAUGCCAAGGAGCAGCUGUUUGAUGAAGCAGCAGGUGCCCAGCCAGGGGUGCCCAAGGUGCUUGUGUGGGUGACAGACGGUGGCUCCAGUGACCCCAUAGGGCCCCCCAUGCAGGAGCUUAAGGACAUGGGUGUCACUGUCUUCAUCGUCAGCACUGGUCGUGGCAACCUCCUGGAGUUGUUGGCUGCUGCCUCAGCCCCUGCCAAGAAGCACCUGCACUUUGUGGAUGUGGAUGACCUGCACAUCAUCGUCCAAGAACUGAGGGACUCCAUUCUCGAGGCAAUGCAGACACAGCAGCUCCGCGCCUGUGAGGUUAAGUCUCACAGCUUCCGCCUGGCCUGGCCACCCCUGCUGACUGCCGACUCCGGCUACUACGUGCUGGAGCUGCUGCCCCGGACCAGGCUGGGGGCCAGGAGACGCCAGCACCUGCUGGGGAACGCCACCGACUGGACUUGGGCGGGCCUCGACCCUGACACCGAGUACGACGUGGCGCUGGUGCCCGAGUCCAAUGUGCACCUCCUGAGUCCCCAGCACCUGCGAGUGCGCACGCGGCCGACCAAGGCGCCCCCCGCCGCGUUCUCGGCGCCCGCAGUCCCCGAGGAGGCCGGCCCAGCGCGCAUCGUCAUUUCGCAUGCCCGGCCGCGCAGCCUGCGGGUGAGCUGGGCCCCAACGCUGAGCGCUUCUGUAGCGCUGGGCUACCACGUGCAAUUCGGGCCGCUGAGGGGCGAGACCGUUCAGCGCGUGGAGGUGCCCGCGGGCCACAACAGCACCACGCUGCAGGGCCUGGCGCCGGGCACCGCCUACCUGGUGACCGUGACAGCCGCCUUUCGCUCGGGCCGCGAGAGCGCGCUGUCGGCCAAGGCCUGCACACCCGAAGGCCCAGGCCCUCGUCCCCUGCAGCGGGCCACCCAGGCCCAGGGGCCGUGAGCCGUGCGCGCCCGCGCCGCCGAGGGGGUCAGAGCCGAAGCCAAUGUUUUGCCAAGGGGAAACGGGGUGUUGGCCCUUCCUUUACCCCACCGGCAGUGCAAGUGGCUGCCCAGUCCUCCUCUCUGGCAGUGGUGUGUGCAGUGGUUGUCCUUCCUCCAUGCCCAGAGCCGAGGAGCAACUAGCAACGGUGUGGACCUUUGGGCAGAAUUUAAGGGAGAUGAACAGGGAGACUGGGGGCGGGCCAAGAACAGUAGACCUGGACUAGCCCAUUGGUGGCCAGACCUCCCACUGUGUGAAGGGCCCUGCUCUCUGGUGGCAUGGGCUGGAGGGAGUUUGGUCUAGCUGGCCACUCAGGUCCUGGAUAUUGGUAGAAAGGGGCAGGGUUGGUCCCCAAAGGCUGCCUGAGGGAAAGAAAGGGCAGAGAAGGUGCCAGGUGUUCUUUACCAGGAUGCCUGCUGGCUGGGGACUGUGGCCCUGCCUUCCUGCUUAGGACCCCAGCUGAGAGGAGCAGGACUAGACCCUGAGGACAGGAGACCCCAACACUCCUCUGCCCCAGGGGUCUGUGGGGAAACAGAGACAAAGUCCCCCAGGGUGGGCUCCCCAGUAGCUCUGCAGUAUCCAGCACUUGUCUACCACUCACUGCCCUGGGUCAUCAGGCAAGUUGCCAAGGGCAGGGUGCUUGGGUGUCCCCCGGCCCCCAUCUGUUACCAGAAUUGCCUGCAUCACUUAAUGCUCACAUCACCUCUCUUCCCCACUAACAUCCCAGACUUUAAA